CUCCUUCAUGGUAUUUUCUCUUAUGGGCUGGGUCAGGUAAUACCUGUUGCCAGGUGUACGGAUGUGUAGCACAUUGGCUAUAUGACGCCACUGCCAUUUAUUUUAGUAAACCUAGAUGUACACAUUACUGAUUUAGUUUUGCGUUAAUAAGAUCUGAGAGCGGUCAAACGGAGCCGGUGGUGACAUGUUUACAGGUAUCCGCGACUUCACAAACCUUCAUUCAUCCCAGACUCACAACUCGGUGCAGAAGAUAAAUAUAUUGUGUCGUUUCCAGGCAGCGGAACAGUGGGUCUGAUGGACCAGGUGUCCCGGUCAGGGGUUGGCAGUGACGUCACAGACGAGACCGCCUCCAUGGGGGAGUACAGGUGGAGCUCUGAGAAACAUGAGAUGUCCGACCCUCAGGGCCAGUGUCUGGCCGCCCCCCAAGCCCUGCCUGCCCCCACCUACAAACAGAGAGUUGAGGAGUUCAAGAAGCUGUUCAGGGAACUGCCUGAGUCAGAGAGACUCAUCAUGGACUAUACCUGUGCCCUCCAGAGAGACAUCCUACUGCAGGGACGCCUCUACUUGUCAGAGAACUGGCUCUGUUUCUAUAGCAAUGUGUUUCGGGGGACAAAGAUAGCCUUGACUCUGAGGGACAUCAAGGCCAUGUACAGAGAGAAGACAGCACGGCUGAUCCCCAACGCCAUACAGAUCUGCACAGACUCAGAGAAGUUGUUCUUCACUUCCUUCUCAGCCAGAGAGAAGAGUUACCAGGGAGUGUUCCGGAUGUGGCAGAACACACUGAUGGACAAGCCACUGAGUAGUUUGGCGCUGUGGCAGAUGGUCAAGCAGCACUAUGGCAAUGACCUGGGCCUGAGGAUUGUAGAGAGAGAAAGUCUACAGACAUCAGCAGAAUCAACCACGCAGAAACACACCAGCAUGACCGUGAGGCCUGGUGGAGAGGACUCUGGGAGGCCGUCUACUCUGCGCCUCCAGCCGGGGGAUCAGGGCUCCUGUGAGCCCACUGCGCCCCAGGGAGAGGACCUACCCUCACCCCUCGGACAGAGCUCCAUCAACUCAGGAAACACGGAUGAUGCUUGCAGCACCUCGUCUCGGUGCACUCCUGACCCGUCCCUGGACCGCUCUGCCCCGGAGCGGGUCUCCAAGCGCUCUGAGCUCUCUCUGGACCUCAACUCUAACUUGGACCGCUUCUCUGAACAGAGCGGCUCGGAGAGUGCAGAGGAGGAGGAGAGGGGGAGUGUCUCCCAGCAGCAUGGCAGGCUCUAUGUGAACACGGUCUUCAACAUCAGUGCAGAAAAGAUGUUUGAACUGCUCUUUACCGAAUCUCACUUCAUACGAAGAUUCAUGAAUGCCAGGAAGAUCACCAAUGCCAUCCUUACACGGUGGCAGAGUGACGCGUCUGGCUCCAUGAAGAGGAGUCUCAACUACACCAUCACCAUCACCAACCCUCUGGUGGGCAAGUUCUCCACUGCCACGGAGAACCAGAUCCUGUACAAGGAGUUCAGGGAAGGUCAGUACUAUCUCAUCGACUCGGAGGUCUACACACACGACGUCCCGUACCACGACUACUUCUACACUCAGAACCGCUACUGUAUCAUCCGCCAUUCCAAACGCAAAUGUCGACUCAGGGUGUACACUGAUGUGAAGUAUAAGAAGCAGCCGUGGGGGCUGGUCAAGUCCUUCAUUACCAAGAACUCCUGGAGUGGCCUGGAGGACUACUUCAGACACUUGGAAUCUGAGCUGAUGGAAGAGGAGGCGGAGCUGAACCAGGGAUGCGGAGACCCCGGUAAGAUGAUUGGCGGGUUGCAUCAUUGGCGGAGGAGGACGUUCAGUCGGACACUACAGGAGCACCUGAAGCCCAGCAAGCAAUACGAGCCUGACCUAGACCCUCACAGAGAGGGCAAGACGGAUCCCAUAGAUAUGAAGGGUCCACCUCGAUGGAACAUCUCUACCAUCAUAGCUGGGAUGAGCAUCAUUCUGCUGAUCCUAACAGUACUGAACCUGGGGCUGUUCUUUAAGCUGUGGGCCAUGGAGGAUGUGGCCAACCGCAUGUACCUGAGCACCAAGCACCAUCUCCGGGAGAGGACCGAGAGCAGUUUUGCCGCUGACUUCUUUCCUGAACCGGCCCCAACAUACAGGACCAGAGAGGAGACUUUGCUGCUGAAAGCAGUGCUGCAGGACUCUAUCAAGCUAUUGGAGCAGGUCAGUCAAACGACCAGUUAUGUUUGUGUUACAGGCUCCCGAAUCCCUCCGGCAGGUGUUUGUGUCUGUACAGACAGUUUUUUCCCUCUCGUCUUUUCCCCCAUAGCUCCGCAGUUCUCUGUCGCUGCUUCAGCAGAAAUUUGUAACCAACAAAACAGCAAUUCUGCAGUGACACCGUCACACCUGGCGACCUCACUACGCCCUCUGAAGCCUGGGGUUGUAAAGGCUACAGGGACACGCCUCUGAGGACUCUCUCGUAACCAGGGGUGUUGCUAAAGGGACGACUCAUGCACAGACUUGUUACUAAGAGCAACAAUGGUUCAAGUCCCAGGGCCUUUAAUAGUGUGGUACCAGGUAGAUGGAUGUUUUAAUUUUUAUUUAACUAGGCAAGUCAGUCAAGAACAAAUUCUUAUUAAAGUUCAACUGUCGGCACUGCGCUGUGGAGCAAGAAAAUGGUUCCCAACCAUCAGCAACACUGGGAGAUGACUGGUGGACUGGGGUUUAUGUGGGGUUCUGUUUUCAGUUUGGUAGUUCUUUAUUCUUCCUUAAUGUUGGUGCUGGGUUUAUUGUGAUUAAGUUAAAGUUCUACUGCAUGCCUCACUGUGUACUGCGUACCCCUUCGAUUGACAAGCCAAUCACAGAAGAUGUGAGCCAAUGGCGUGAUGAGCGCAGCAGAUGAGAAACAAUGUUUUGAUAGAAAUGAAUGCCAAUGUAAGGAAUCCAUGAAAUAUUUUUACUUUUUGCACAGUGCCUUGUGUACUUUUUAUGGUUUUUAGAUUCAUUUAAUUAUUUUUUUUCAAUUAGAAGGCUUUUAGAAAGUAUUUUUAAUAAUUUAUUCGGAUGCCCAUGGGUUUCUGAUAUUGUGAAAAUGUGAAUAAGUAUGCAGUUGAGAAAAAAAGAAAUGUUAGCCUUGGAUGGUUUGUGAUUUUUCAGCUGGUUUGUAGAUGUACAGCAGACCUCAAUAUCAGGGUUGUGUUCAGAAGGGUGCAAUGUUCUGAACGCUGUAGAUAUAAAUGCCUUUUAUAGACCUGUCAUGAAACCUUAUUCUACAUGAGUUUGUUCUACAUAAUAUAUGUGUAUCUGUAACGUUGCUCCCCACUGAACGUGACCCAGGUGAACUUUCUCAGGAGCAUUUGGUUAGAACCAAAACAUCCCGAUGUGAAUAAUACUGAUUACAUUUUGUUAAUCUUGAUAGCUGUCCCAUGUAGGCUAAGCUAUAGGGUUAGUGGCUGUUAUGUAAUUAAUAUUCCAUCCACAUGCCACACCCAUUCAAGAAGCCACAGCACUAAAACGCUGCACUGCUGUUGUGUAUGUCCACUAUAAGAAUGUGACCACCACAAGUUUAGUCUGGACUCUGAGUUGAAUCCACACUAGUGCCUUGUUAACUUCGUUUGAAUUGUUAUUAUUGUAAAUUACAAUUUACAAUGACGAAUGUUAAUUUUGUGCAGCAUAUACAACUCAUUUCUGUGUGUGUGGCGGAACAGCUUCAGACUGUAUGUAACACCCAUCCUUAUUUUUUAAAUAAAAGCACAGGAAUCUUCCUACAGUUGUUACAUGGAAUCAAUGUGAACCAUUGGAUGUGAAUAGUUUACACACACACACAGACAUUGUAUAAUUUGUUUUCUAUUUGUUGGCUAUUUUGUACAGUUGUUAGACAAAGAUGUAAUGUAUUGUUGCUUUGAAUAAAGAAACACUUUCCAGCCA